AAUGCAAUACAAACGGGUAAAAAGAGAGAGAGGGAGAGAGAGAGAGAGAGAGAGAGAGAACCAUUCAAAGCUCUGCCUCCCCUGGCGCCUGUUUUCCGGGGAGAAGAGCGCGCCUGUUCGCUUCCUCCAUCAACAGCCAACCUCCUUCGCCAACACCCACAACUCUCUUCGAUCCCCACUCCUCCGCCUCUUCCCCGCCAAACCCGAUCACUGCUCAAAUGCCUCCUCCAUCUACCUCUUCCCCUCCCGUUUUUCAAUUCCUCUCCUUCUGUCUUCCCUCCCAUAUCUCUCCGGCGCCGACCUCAUGGCCCGCGCCGGCCACGUCCGCCUCCUCUUAUCGAUGCUCGCCCUUGCAGUGGCCGCCGGCCCUGCUGAUGCUUCCGCGGUUGUCGGCGUCAACUGGGGCACCAUGGCCUCGCAUCCGCUGAACCCCGACAUCGUCGUCCGGAUGCUCAAGGAUAACGGAAUCACCAAGGUGAAGCUCUUCGACGCUGACGACUGGACGGUCAGCUCGCUAGCUGGGACAGGCAUCGAGGCGAUGUUGGGCAUCCCCAACAACCAGCUGGAGAGGAUCGCCAAGAGCUAUGGCGAGGCUAAGGACUGGGUGAAUGCCAAUGUCACCAGAUUCCUCCACAGUGGGGGCGUCAACAUCAAGUAUGUGGCAGUUGGAAAUGAGCCCUUCCUAGAGAGUUACAACGGGACCUUCAUCAACAUUACUCUUCCUGCACUCCAAAAUAUUCAGAAGGCCUUGGACGAAGCUGGUCAUGGGGACAAGAUAAAAGCAACGGUGCCCUUAAAUGCUGAUGUUUAUGAUUCUGGUAGUAACGCCCCUUCUGCUGGCAAUUUCAGGGCAAACAUUCACACCCUCAUGGUUCAGCUUGUCAAAUUCCUUCAUUCAAAUCAAUCCCCCUUUGUAGUUAACAUCUAUCCUUUCCUGAGUCUUUACCAGAACAAAGAUUUUCCUUUUGACUUUGCCUUCUUUGAUGGGCAAUCGAGCCCUAUAAAUGACAAAGGUGUUAGUUAUACCAAUGUAUUUGAUGCCAACUUUGACACGCUUGUUUGGUCUUUAAGGAAGGCAGGAGUUCCUGAUCUGAAAAUAAUUGUUGGUGAAGUUGGGUGGCCAACUGAUGGAGACAAGAAUGCUAACACUGCUAAUGCUCAGAGAUUCUAUAGGGGUAUUUUGAAAAAGCUGUCCAGUAAUAAGGGGACCCCUCUACAUCCCGGCCAUAUUGAAGCUUAUAUCUUUGGACUCAUAGAUGAGGAUGUCAAGAGUGUAGCUCCUGGGAAUUUUGAGCGCCACUGGGGAAUUUUCAGAUAUGAUGGCCAACCAAAAUUUCCUAUAGAUUUCUCUGGCCAGGGAAAUGACAGGUUUCCCAUAGCAGCAAAAAAUGUGACAUACUUGCCUGCACAAUGGUGUGUCCUAGACACCAGCGUGAAUAACCUGGCAACGCUUCCAGGUAACAUGGACUAUGCUUGUCAAUAUGGAGAUUGCACUGCCCUCGCUGAUGGUUCAUCAUGCAGCAACCUCGAUUCAAAGGGGAGGUGUUCCUAUGCGUUCAAUAUGUAUUUUCAGAUACAAGAUCAGGAUGUGGAGGCAUGUGUUUUUGGGGGAUUGGCAAAAAUCACGACAAAGAACAUGUCACAUGAUGGCUGCCUUUUCCCAGUCCAGAUUGUUAGUCCAGCCAACAAAUGCUACGCAAUGUCACUGAUGGGAGUAGUAACCGUAGCAUUGACAGCAGCUGUUUCCAUGGUGUUACUCUAAUAAGGUGGUGGAUAAUUGGUAAAAAAGUAACUGUUUUAGUAUCCCUCGCCCUGGUGUUGUGGUUCAUUGUUACAGUUAUCAGUUAUUACACAUCGCCCUUAAAGUGCAGGGGUGCAUAAGCCCAAAAAUCAAGUCCUCACCACCUCAUUCUGCAGCCAUUUGCAGAAAUCCAAGAGUUUAAUUCAACUUGUUGGAAACGUUGAACUGAGUUGCUUAAGGCCUUUGAUAAUGGCCUACAUGGCAGUGGAAAUAUGAACCACCAUAUGAAGGUCUUGUUCUGUUGUAUGAGAUAAGCUUUUUCUAAUUCAUGUAUUAGUCAAAGGCCAACUACUAUGAGAUGAGCAUUAUGGAUUUGUUUUUAUUCUCAAUUGUACAUUUUCAAAAGCCAGUUAUUACUUAAUGAUAGU